UGGAGCCGCGGCGGGCGUGGGCGGCAUCCGCUGGGUGCUGAAGCCCGGUUGGGAGGGCUGUGGUUCCGGACGCCCACGGCGCGGGCAUGGCGGGCUGGUGGCGGGUGCUGGCGCGGGCGGCCCAACGCCACCCCUGGCCCACCAACGUGCUGCUCUACGCCAGCCUCUACUCGGCCGGAGACGCGCUGCAGCAGAGACUGCGGGGAGGCCCUGCCGACUGGCGCCAGACGCGGCGCGUGGCUACGCUGGCCGUGACCUUCCAUGCCAACUUCAACUAUGUGUGGCUGCGCCUGCUGGAACGCGCGCUGCCGGGCCGCGCUCCGCGCACCGUCCUGGCAAAAGUGCUGUGCGACCAGACGCUGGGUGGGCCUGUGGCCCUCUCAGCCUUCUAUGUCGGUAUGAGCUUUCUCCAAGGAGAUGAUGACAUAUUUCUGGACCUGAAGCAGAAAUUCUGGAAUACAUAUAAGACUGGUCUGAUGUACUGGCCCUUUGUACAGCUGACCAACUUUGGCCUCAUUCCUGUUCACUGGAGGACAGCUUACACUGGACUCUGUGGUUUCCUCUGGGCCACCUUCCUUUGCUUUUCUCAGCAGAGCGGUGAUGGCACGUUGAGCUCAGCUCUCACUCUGCUUGGCAGAAAGGGAGCCGGUGCAGCCGAGAGGCCCCCGGGGGAAUGAGGCGUCGCCGACUCCAAGUGAACACAGUUUGUGUUCCUAAAGCACUCGGCUCACCAGUCAUGUGCUGCAUUGUGAAGAAGCACUGUUCCACAGAUCCACUUGUUUUUAAUUAUCAGUGAUUAUUUACAUUUUUAUACAGAUCUUCUCCCCCCAUUCUAGUAUGAAAGUCUUCCUUAAUAUUUUCACUUCUCUCAAAUUUUGGUUAAUACCACAACAGUGGUAGAUGCCUAGUUUAGAAUAAGUAAUAUUUCUACUCUAAUAUUUUAAUGCCAGUUGAUUUCAGGAACUCCAAGUUUGAUUGUUUACUUCUGUAUUUUAAAAUCUCAGGUUAUCUCCUAAACAUUUGGGUUAAAUUGC